AUGGUGGUCACUCCCAAAUUGUAUCCGCGGGCAACAGUCAAGCGCAUCGUGAAAGCCCAUUCGAAGCGCAAUAUAUCCAAAAACGCUGAUAUCUUGAUAUUCCUGGACUAUAUGCUAUUCAUGCAAGAAUUGAUGCGCGAGGCCUCUAUCCGGGCGAGGAGAGGUGGGGAGAAAGUUAUCUCGGCCAGAAGCGUCAGAAAGGUAACCGAGGGUACCCUGAGGAAAUUCAAAGGGUGA